UAAUACAAGCUCAGUGGUGCAAUCACCCAAACCCAGCAAACCAAAAUGCUGCUACGCAAAUGCAAAUACCACUCCUCCUCCAUCACAACACCAUCUUCCCCACGCAACGCCUAUCUCGCCGACAAAGCCAUAACCUACCUCCGGCGACACCCUCAACAACUCCCUUCCUUACUCCCAGAAUUCAACCCAGAAUCCGCUUGCUUCGUCCUCCUCAAAACCCAGUUCGAUCAACCCCUAACCCUCCAAUUCCUCAAUUGGGCGCGCACUUCCUCGAACCCCACUUUCCUAGACCCCAAAUCCAAAUGCUACGCCCUCCACAUUCUCACCAAAUUCCGCCUCUUCAAAACCGCGCAAUCUCUCGCUGAAGAACUUGCUCGCGAAGUUUCCCUUAUUGAUUCAAAUGGUGGGUUAGUGUUUGAUUUUCUGAAAAACUCUUAUCAAUCUUUUAAUUCGAAUUCGUCUGAUGUUUUUGAUUUGAUGGUUAAGUCUUAUGCUUCGCUUAAUAUGGUAGAUAAAGCUAUUAAUACUCUUAAUUUUGCUAAAACUGAGGGUUUUAUGCCUGGGGUUUUGUCGUAUAAUUCGAUUCUUCAUGCUAUUCUUCGGAAUUUGCCGCCGUCUUCGUCGUCGUUGUCGUUAGCUAUGGAGCUGUUUGAUGAUAUGAACAAAUUAAGUGUGUCUCCUAAUGUGUUUACUUAUAAUAUUUUGAUGAGGGGUUUUUCUGGGGCUGCUCAUUUGCCUAAGGCUUUGAAGUUUUUCUCUGAUAUGCAGAAAACUGGGUGUUUGCCUAAUAUUGUGUCUUAUAAUACUCUAAUUGAUGCUCAUUUUAAGCUUAAGAAGGCGGACGAUGCAAUUAGCUUGUUUCGUUCGCUUCAGUCGAACCGUUUGCAGCCUAAUUUGAUUACUUAUAAUAUUAUGAUUAAUGGGUUGUGUUGUGAGGGGAAGAUGAAGGAAGCUUCUGAGGUUUUUCAUCAUAUGUACCGCCAGAGGCUUAUACCCGAUGAGGUGACUUAUAACACACUUGUUAAUGGGUAUUGUAAAGAUGGUAACUUUCACCAGGCACUCCUUUUGCAUUCUGAUAUGCUUAAAAAUGGUUUAUCUCCCAAUGUUGUUACCUAUACUUCUCUUAUUAAUAGCAUGUGCAAGGCGGGUAAUAUGAAUCGAGCAAUGGAAUUCUUGGAGCAGAUGUGCUCUAGAGGGCUCAGACCCAAUGGAAAAACAUAUACUACUUUGAUUGAUGGAUUUUCCCAGCAAGGUCUGCUGAAUGAAGCCUAUAAUUUAUUGAAUGAGAUGACUGCCGGUGGAUUUGAACCGUCUAUUGUGACCUACAAUGCUCUUCUCAAUGGGCAUUGCAUUUUGGGUAGGAUGGAGGAGGCCAUUAGUGUGGUUCAGGAUAUGAUGGAGAGAGGUUUGGUACCCGAUGUUGUGAGUUAUAGUACACUUAUAUCUGGAUUUUGCAAAAAUCAAGACGUGGACCGUGCCUUUGAGAUGAAAAAUGAGAUGGUUGGGAGGGGGAUUUUGCCGGAUGCUAUUACGUAUUCGUCACUUAUCAAAGGACUUUGUGAGCAAAAUCGGCUUGCUGAAGCCUCUGUUCUUUUCAAUGAUAUGCUAAAUGCAGGCUUGCCUCCUGAUGAAUUUACCUAUACUACACUGAUAAAUGCACACUGUAUAGAAGGGAAUAUUCAACAAGCUUUUAAACUUCAUGAUGAGAUGAUACAAAAGGGUCUCCUUCCUGAUGUGGUCACAUAUAGUGUACUUAUCAAUGGUCUUAAUAAACAAGCUCGGACAAAGGAAGCAAAGCAGCUUCUGCUUAAGAUGUUUUAUGAUGAUUCCAUCCCUUCUGGAAUCACCUAUGACACACUGAUAGAGAGCUGUAGUGACAUUGAAUUUAGGAGCAUUGUGGCUCUUUUGAAGGGAUUUUGCAUGAAAGGUUUGAUGAAAGAAGCAGAUAGAGUAUUUGAGUCAAUGCUUCAGAAAGACCAUAAGCCAUCUGAAGCUGUAUAUAAUGUACUCAUACAUGGUCAUUCUAAGUGUGGGAAUCCACACAAAGCGUAUGUCUUGUACAAGGAAAUGAUGAGUUCUGGAUUCAGUCCUCACACUAUAACAGUAAUAGCUUUGAUCAAAGCUCUUUUCAAAGGAGAAAUGAACAAGGAGCUAGAGGAAGUCCUGCACAAUGUAUUGAGAAGCUGUAAGCUUAAUGAUGCAGAGCUUGGAAAGGUUCUUGUUGAGGUUAACCAUAAAGAAGGCAAUAUGGAUGCAGUAUUUAAUGCGCUUACUGAUAUGGCCAAGGAUGGCCUGCUCCCAACAAGUGGGAGAAUUGCUAGUUAUAAGCGAUAAAUAUUUGAGGGUGCCAGUGUUUGAGCUUGCUUGAAAGCCUUCAAUGUACUUCAUAUAGGUUUCUAUGUGGGGCAUGCAGACAUAGCCAUUUGUAUUACAAGCUAGCAAAGGGCAAGGAGGUGAUUUUCGACUUGUAUGAUGAUUUCUUUGUUAUGAACUACAGAAACCUGGUUUUUGUAGUUAAGGAGUUGUCGUCUUCACCUUAAUGAGCUGUUGGUGGUGUGCCAGAUACAGUAUUUGAGUAUUCAAAUUGCUAUUGUUUUUAUCUAGAGUGGCCUAUCAAGGAUCAACCAGGACAACAACAGUGCACGCCUACAACUUUAACUCUUUGGACCUGAUCGCAGCUUCUACCCUCCAAAAUUGCUGAAAAAAAAGGCUUCUUCUGCGACAUGGUUGCAGUUGUAAGGAUUCACUUCCUUGUAUCCUUGUUUAUUGAUGUUCUUAUAGCGCAUUUGGAGUGCUGAGCUGCGCAAUCUAUAUAAAACGAUGCUAACCUGGGUAAUCAAGCUUGCACGUGAACAUAAUGCUUUGGCAUGGUCCUCUGUAUCUUGACGUGGGAGAUUGAAAAGUAGAAAACGCCAGUUGAGAAAAAAAUAGGAUUUAUGCAUGUAUCCGAGAAGAAAUGGCUGCGCUAGAGGUGAGGGUGGCUGAUUGGAAGACAAUGGAAGUAAAAACAAAUUUGCUUGGACCAUAUGAUCAGUGAUGUCAUUUGUGAUCCUACUACGGAGUACAAUGCAGUUAUAGUUCAACUGCAAAUUGUUACAGAACGCUAAUGUCAACAUCACAAUUCACAAGAUCCUACGUAAGUAAUAAUUACUUUUUUUUGUUCCUGGUUAAAAGUUUUUGCUAGAAUAAUCCAUGAUUAGUUGAACAUUCUCAUGACUACAAUCAGAAAUUGUAUUUUCUGUAUCUAAGAAUGGUUGUGCACUAUAUCAUGGUAGACAGUUAGCGCCCCUAGAUCAAGAAUUUGUAUCAUACAUUGGAUUUAAAUUGUGAUACGUGUAACUUCGAACCUAGUUGGGCCUGUCCAAUUCACCCUAUCGGGUCUGGGCCCUUUAGUGGGCCCCCUGUUGAACAUUUCUUAUUGUAUGCCAAGAACACAUUUGACUUGCAUGUAAAUGAAUGAAAUGGUAUCUUUCCUCA